AUGAGCGAUAAUCAGAACAAACGCAAGCAGGGACUGUCGGGGGCGGGCCCGGCUCACAAAAAAAGCAAGGGGAGCACUGCGGGAAAGUGGAAAACGCCGCAGCAAAAGACGAAGAUGGCUGGUCGGGUUGAGAUGGGCAGCUCGCUGGAUGUUGGCGAUGAAGGAAUCUGGGUAACAUACGCCAGAGGCAUGAACACAAGGGCGUUCAAAGAAUUCUCUGAGCUUUGCGAUGAGUACGGCGAGAGCAUGUACGGCAUCCCAAAGCCAUCUGACGAACACGAGAAGGCUGAGGACGAGGAUGAGGAGCUGGACAUUGAAGCCUCUAUUGAGAAAGAGCUCGCAGCCAUGAAAGUGCCCCGCGAGAGAUCCACGAAAAAGGGUGUUUUCAGACCAAUCAAUGCUGGCAUCGAAUGUGUCUUCUUCAUGAAGACCAUUAAACCAGUGGAGCCAUAUGCGUUGGUCAGGAAGAUGUGCGAGGACGCCCAGAAGUGCCCCGAUCCCAGAGAGCGCAAGUGCAAAUACAUCAAUCGCCUCACGCCAGUCUUCAAUACCGACAAGGCGACGGAAAAGGGCAUUGAGAGGGUUGCCCGUCAAGUGUUGGCGCCGUAUUUCGAGCUCAUUUCUGAGAGCGACGACAGCGUCACUGCGGGACUAUCGAAAGAGCGCACAGCUUCCGAGACAACCAAUAGCGCUGGCGAGCCUUUUACGUACGCAAUUCGGCACAAUAUCCGCAAUCACAAUACCUUCAAGUCGGAAGAGGUGAUUAAAAGAAUUGCCAGCCUGGUUGACACAAAGCACAAAGUCAAUCUAUCAAGUGCGGAUAAGGUUAUCCUGGUGGAGAUUUUCCAGCUGUUUUGUAGUAUCUCCGUUGUCGACGGUCCGCAGUGGGAAGAGCUCAAGCGCUACAACAUGAACUCGCUCUACGGGAUGAUUCCGAAGCAAAAGAGCGGCGCAACCCAGGGCGAUGCCGAGAAAUCGUCCACAAAGAAGGAAUCCAGCGAGGCGUAA